GUAUAAGUAAAACCAGCUGAAUACCCCGCCCAAAUAGGAUGGCCAUGAUAGCGAAAUGAGCGCAUCGGGUUGGUUUCAAGUCGAGAUGGCCUCAAAAGCAACGAUCCUUAGAGGUAACACCUGUUCGGUAUGUCAGGCUGUUCCCUGUCCUGAACCUGGCUACAAUUUUGGACCUGAUCCAAAGUUAUCAUACAUUACCCCAGCCGGCCAAACCCUUGUCGCCUUUCGAAAUGCUUCUCAGGCGCAAUUGCGUUAUUUGCUCAACUAUCUUCAACAUGUCUGAGCAGCGUCGAUUGGCAUGGUCGGAUACCUCGUCAAAAUACUGGCAGCCAUUGCAAUAUCGCGUACAAAAAUAUGCAGGCGAGGAGGGUAUCGUGAGACUGAACGUCAUAUUUAGCGACCCACUGAAAGGUAGUGCAAAUGACGUUCGAUUUCGCCUGAUUCCUAUCGACAAUGAUGAAUAUCGGUCUUACUUUAGGGCGUGCAAUAUGGAAUCUGAUACAUCGUCUGCAACCACAUUAGCAACAGCAAAUGAAUGGUUUCUUCACUGUCAUUCUAAGCACAAUCUAUGCCACAAGCUAUCAACUUUUAACUCGGCCAGGCUUCCUACUCGGCUUAUUGAUAUCGGGCACGACGGAGAUACUAAUUGGUUUCUCCGCAUUAUGCAGGAACAAAGUAGUUUGUCAACACGCUUAUCUUAUAUGACACUCAGUUACCGCUGGGGAUCUGAUGCGAAUUUCAUGCUUCUUUCCUCAAAUAUAGCACAAUUUGAGCAAGGCGCACCAAUCUGCGACCUUCCUCAACUGUUCAGAGAUUUUAUAACGGUAGCUCGGACUUUUCGCAUCAGAUAUGUCUGGAUUGAUGCCCUGUGCAUCAUACAAGAUUCGAUUGAUGAUUGGGAGGCCGAAGCACCAAAAAUGAGACACGUCUACGCAAAUUCCGCAUGCAAUAUCGCGGCGUCGGUUUCCAAAAGCCCAGAAGAAAGCAUGUUCCGUUCCAGGGAGCCCGACAAAAUUCGACCUCGUAUGGUUUGGAGUUCUUUAUCCUCUGAUCGACCAUCCUUCCACUAUAUCUUUGAGAAAAAUACUGGGAUAGACAAAUUUCCAACGGACCCUUACAUAAACGAGGGUGGGUAUUUCAAGAAAGGGACCUGGCUCCUCGAGUACUUUAUUUUGAAGAAGACCAAAUUCUGUGGGAAUGCCUCAGUGAACAUAAGUGGGAAUGUUUCCCUUGUGGUAUUCCAGCUCAUUCAUCGGACAAAAACAUGGAUGCGCUUUUUGAUUAUAUGCCCACGAUGGAUGGCGUAGAUCCACAGAGCCGAGAACCCAUGUCACUGGAAGGAUUCAACUUGUGGAAUGAUCUUGUUCAAACAUACUCUUGCUGUGACUUGACAAACCCUUCGGACAAAAUGGUUGCUAUAGCCGGCAUCGCCAAACCUUUUCAGGAUAUCACUGGUGACGAAUAUGUAGCAGGCUGGUGGAAAUCACGCCUUCUUGAAUCACUGGGUUGGCGUGUCUUUGAGCCCCAGGAACGGCGGAGUGCGUGCUAUAGAGCACCAUCCUGGUCCUGGGGUUCAGUUGAUGGACCGGUCACACCGUCUGGUUUAUCUGCUUCUGCCGAAUUUCUUGUCAGUAUCGUGGACUUUCAUGUGGCCACAGGAAGCUCAGGUACUAUAGACAAUGUCUUGAAGGGGUACCUCGAGCUCAGGGGCACUGUUCUCGUAGGGGUCUGCC